AUGGCACCACGGACUCGUCAGGGUACAAGCCAUGCAAGAAGUAGAUGCACAGCGACAGAACCAAAACAGCCUACCAUAACUGCGCAAGCUGGGGGCCUGGCAGAAGCGGCUUCACCAUCCCUAGUGACAGCCAACAAAGACAUAACUGGCUUCAGCGAUUUGCCAAGAGAACCCAGAGACAUGGUCUAUCACUACUCCCUCACCACACUCUACGGCGACGACAUCUACCUAAACAACAGCUCCCUCCGUGCCGAAUGGUACAUCUCAGCCCUUCCACUCCUGGAAACCUGCCAAGCCGUCCACGACGAAGGCGUCCUAAUCCUCUACGGUCACAACACCCUACGCAUUGAGCUCCUCACUUCAUCUAGUACAUGGAGACGCGAGUCAGGCCGUGUCGUGCAAGAAGGAAGCCUCAGUUUAGGCGCUGGCAUGAACCAUCCAGGUCUCGCGGAAAAGCUGAAGGUGAUUCCAAGCAGGCAUUUCAGACAUGUUCGGUGCCUGAAAUUCGCCUUCCAUGCCUAUGACUUCCGGAUGAAGAGGAUUGUUGGCCGUGAUGACCGGCAGCCGUAUAAUUACUCGAAACUCGCCCAUUUCAUGAUCCUGGUCCGCGUUCGGCCGAGAGCGCGAUUUUCUCUCACUUAUUUCACUGGCCAGAUCGAGAGUCGUGACUUGUCGCCCCAGACUGCCUCGAACUUGAUACAACGGCUCCAGCUGGAAGGAAGGCGGGUGAAAGUACUGACCAAAUCGAGUAUCUUCAAGCUUGCUUAUCGGGUGCGGACGACGUGCGAUGUGAUCCUCGAGGACGAGUUGCUGGAGAGCUUGCUUUACUGA